GACCGAUUCAGCAUUUGUUACCAGAUGUCUGCACUCUUAGAGGAUAUUUUUGAUGUGAAGGACGUAGAUAGAGAUGGCAAGAAAUUCGACAAAGUUUCCCGACUCUUUUGUGAAAGCGAAUCCUUCAAAAUGGGUCUCAUUCUUGAUAUUCAUAUCCUUAUCUAUCGGCUUGCCAAGGGUGACAAGUUUCGCAUGGUAUUGACCAAAAAUCUACUAAACGAAAUGAAUGCCGAUGAUGAUGAUGAAGAUGAUGCGGCCGAAGAGACGGAUGAACGUUUAGCCAACAGCAAAAUGGCAGAGUUCGAUUAUGUUUGCUAUGGAAAAAUUUAUCGGAUAGAAGCCCAUGACAGCGGAGUUGAUGCGAGCCGGCUUUCGUGUUAUGUUUCAUUUGGAGGUCUGCUAAUGCAAUUAACUGGAGACGCAAGCAAUCUACAAGGUUUUCGUGUUGGCAAACAUGUAUAUCUUAUGAUUAAAAAGCUUGCUUUUUGAUCUUCCACAUCUUUGUACCUGAAUCUUUUCAAAGCUGUUUUGGGCCUACUGCUAUUCGUACUGCAAAAAGCGUCCUUUGCCAUGCGGUUGCUGGUCGUCUCAUGUUAAUGCAGUACUAUCGGGUUGUGCACAUGUUAGUCAACAGAAAUAAUACGG